AUGGGUUUGGUCGAGAGGAUAGACCAAAAGGUCGCUGCCAGUGCUGUCGGCCGCUGGUUCCGCCUCGAUGGCUCAGGCCAUCGCCGCGAGCGCAAGGGCUCCCGCUUCUUCACCGAGGUCCGCGCCGGCCUCGCCACCUUCUUCGCCAUGGCCUACAUCAUCGCCGUCAACGCCUCCAUCGUCGCCGACACGGGCGGCACCUGCGUCUGCAACGGCGGGCCCGCCGACCCCAUCUGCAACAAGAACAACGACUACGCCCUGUGCCAGGCCGAGGUCAAGCGCGACAUCGUCACCGCCACCGCCGCCAUCGCCGCCCUGACCACCUUCUGCAUGGGCCUCUUCGCCAACCUGCCCGUCGGCCUGGCCCCGGGCAUGGGCCUCAACGCCUACUUCGCCUACACCGUCGUCGGCUUCCACGGCACCGGCACCGUGCCCUACCAGGUCGCCGUCACGGCCAUCUUCGUCGAGGGCUGGAUCUUCUUCGGCCUCGCCCUCCUCGGCAUGCGCCAGUGGCUCGCCCGCGCCAUCCCGCGCUCCAUCAAGCUCGCCACCAGCGUCGGCAUCGGCCUCUUCCUGACCCUCAUCGGCCUGACCUACUCCGAGGGCAUCGGCCUCGUCGUCGGCGCCCAGUCCACCCCCAUGGAGCUCGCCGGCUGCCCGCCCUCCAUGCGCAAGGCCGACGGCACCUGCCCGGACAGCGGCAAGAUGCGCAACCCGACGCUGUGGAUCGGCAUCUUCUGCGGCGGCAUCCUCACCGUCAUGCUGAUGAUGUACCGUGUCAAGGGCGCCAUCAUCGCGGGCAUCGUCCUCGUCAGCGUCAUCUCGUGGCCCCGCCCCACGCCCGUCACCUACUUCCCCUACACCGUCGUCGGCGACGACGCCUUCAACUUCUUCAAGAAGGUCGUCGACUUCCACAAGAUCACGCGCGUGCUCAACGUCCAGGAGUGGAACAUUGGCGAGUACGGCGGCCAGUUCGGCCUCGCCCUCAUCACCUUCUUGUACGUCGACAUCCUCGACUGCACGGGCACGCUCUACUCGAUGGCCCGCUUCGCCAACCUCAUCGACCCCGUCACGCAGGACUUUGAGGGCUCGUCGGUCGCCUACAUGGUCGACGCCAUCGGCAUCUCCAUCGGCGCCAUCCUCGGCACCCCGCCCGUGACGGCCUUUGUCGAGUCGGGCGCGGGCAUCAGCGAGGGCGGCAAGACGGGCCUGACGGCCAUGGUGGCGGGCAUCUGCUUCUUCAUCAGCGUCUUCUUCGCGCCCAUCUUCGCGUCCAUCCCGCCCUGGGCCACGGGCUGCGUGCUCGUGCUCGUCGGGUCCAUGAUGGUGCCCGCCGUGACCGAGAUCAACUGGUCCUACAUCGGCGACGCCGUCCCCGCCUUUAUCACCAUCGUGCUGAUGCCCUUCAGCUACUCGAUCGCCAACGGCCUCAUCGGCGGCGUCUGCUCGUACAUACUCAUCAACACGCUCGUCUGGCUGAUCGAGAAGGCCUCGGGCGGCCGCGUCGUGCCGCACAACAAGGCCGACAAGGACCCCUGGACCUGGCGCAUCCCCGGCGGCAUCCUGCCCCCCUGGAUGAAGAGGCUGGCCAAAGGCCGCAAGGACUUUUGGCGCGAGUCGGAUGACGAAGCGGCGGCGGCGGCGGUGGAGCAGCGGGCCGUCGGCAGCACGGACGGGUCCGAGGAUGCGGCGGGAGUGGGAGGCGUGAGGAAGGAGACUGGUGGUGCGGACGUCGGAACCCCGUAUCCUCACUCGGUGCCGGUGCAGGAGAAGGACGCCUAG